CUGUAACUGCAACUGGAACUACAAUCAACAAUAACAAAAAGAAACUAACAAUUACGCACCGCAAAUAGCGAAAAAGUAAACAACUAAAAAACACGCAAUGGGUGCCAAGGAAAGUGUCGAGGCGGCCGUUAAAAUGAACGCCGAUGGCUGGGGUCAUGUGGAGCAGCGCGGCAGUCGCUACCACAACCAUCGGCAUAAUCAACGGUCGCAGUCGCUAAAUCGCGGCCAGGCGCUCUCGCAGGCGGACGUGAGCGGCAUGUGGUGA